AUGGCGCUUAUCUUCACAGCAACGCUCAUAGGAGCUGCAUGGGUGGCACGCUUCGGUUUGCAUUACAACUCUUUCUACCAGCCGGCCAUCUUCUUGAUCUUGACACUGUCUAUCCAGCUUGUCCUCCUUAUACUGUGGCUUGCUUAUCUGGCUCCUCGACUAAGCCCUCUGCGCAUAUUUCCGCUGGCCUCCCAGGGACCAUGGUGGAAGACAUUCUUACUCGAGCCAAUACCCACGGACCUUCAACGGUUUAUGGAUGAAACUCCAAAUGACGGCCUCAUCCGUUAUUUCGGCGUCUUCCAUAGCGAAAGACUCUUGCUCACAAAGCCUCAGGCAACCAAAGACAUGAUGUUGCUGCAACCAUACAACUUCAACAAAAUCCCAAUAACGAAGAAACUCAUUGGACAACUCACGGGAAAGGGAGUCAUAGUGGUAGAUCAGGACGAGCAUAAGCGUCAACGCAAGUCAUUAAAUCCAGCAUUCAAGUUCAAAUACAUAAAGAAUCUCUUCCCAAGAUUUUGGUUUCAUGCGACGCAACUUGUACGGUCUCUCGAGAAGGAGAUUGAUGAGGCCAACGCGAAAAGAUCAGCAACACUCCCGACAGUCGAUAUCGAUGGCUGGCUGAUGCGUGCCACUCUCGAUAUCAUUGCAGCGACAGGAUUUGGAGUCAAUGUCAAUGCCAUCCAGGCUCCGGAUAGCGCACUCGCUACAGUGCUUCCCCUGUCGAACUCAACGAGUCCUCAAGCGUCCUUUUACAUGCUUUUGGGAUAUUUGUUGCCGGAAUGGCUAUACCUUCGCCUACCAAUGGCGAGACGCUACGAGCUUGACCAGGUCGUCAAAGCGCUCCACGAUGCCACAACGCCACUCAUCCGAGCCAGGAAGGCCGACCUUUCCAAGCGAACACUUCUUGGUCCCGAGACCGAGGACAGUGAUACUAAAUCAACCGCCCAGGAUCUUGCUGAGACGGACGUUAUCGCCACUCUUCUUCGCUUCCCGCAGAAGUUGACUGACCAAGAACUACUGGCCCAGUCGGCGUCGAUUAUGCUCGCCGGGCAAGACACCACCUCAGUUGCUACCACUUGGGCACUUAGCCUGCCAUCGCCUGGCUCAGCUGACGGUGCGGUGGAUGCAAGUCUUGUUGAGUCCCUCCCAUACCUUGCAGCAGUGUGUAGCGAAACUCUUCGCCUUUUCCCACCAGUGUCAAUUCUGAGGAGAGAAGUUGUGAAGGCAGGGACUACCAUACUUGGCGAGCACAUUCCCAUUGGGACACAUGUGGUUACUAGCAUCUGGGGAACGCAUCACACACGCAGUAUCUGGGGCCAAGAUGUUCAAGCAUUCAGACCUGACCGUUUCCUCCAGCAUACGGAAGAUGGCAAAGCCAAAUUCGAUCCACAUGGAGGCUUACAAGGCGAAACAGCAACAUACUGUUUCGUCCCAUUCGGAGCCGGCGUGCGAAGUUGCAUUGGUGAACGGUUUGCACGAGGUGAAUUUGCCAUUUUGUUGGCUGCUCUGGUCGGGAAGUUCGACUGGACCCUCAUGGAUCCUGAGGCAAAGCUUGGAGAAGACGUGAAAAUCAAUUUCGGCCUGGUUCUCAAACCGCAAGGAGGGCUCUUCCUGCACGCAAGCAAGGUCGAAGGAUGGGUUUCUACAGCUUUACUGGCUAGUAAUAGCACCGAUAAGGAGGAGGCGACAUCCCACGUCAAAAAGGACGGCACGAAGACGUUCUGA